AUGGCCUCCGACGAAGACUACGCCGCCUUCCUGGACAAGGCCAACCAGGACACGGGCUCGGUGCCCUCGGCUCAGUCCAAGUCAAUCAAGACCAAGGCGGUGGAUUCCGAGGUGCCGCAAGUUUUACUGCAGGUCGAGGAAUACUACAUCUCCGACGCCGACGAACCGUUCGAGCCCGUCAGCCUCAAGUGGAAUUCCGAGUCCCUGCCUUCCCAAGAUGAAUUCGCCAAGCUGAUCGGACACGGUUCAGACGCGUCCAGCAUCAGCCAGAGCGAAUUCGAUCCAAAGGGUCACUAUGCGAAGGUGCUGAAUGCGGUAAAGCAGGCCGGAAGCCACGAUGUCGCCAUCUUCAGAGUGCAGCAUGGCAGUACGAGGGCAGAGUACUACGUAGUGAGCCUGGACAAGAAGGGCGGGAGAAUUGUGGGCUUGAAGGCAGUGGCCAUCGAGUCGUGA